UGUUUAAAAAAUACUAUCAACGGUGACUGUGGCACAUCAGUUAAUUGAGAAUUUGUCACGUUGCCUGUAGAGGUUCUAUUGUCCGGCUAUUUAUCAAAAAAAAUAAAACAGUAAUGGUGGCAAAUAAAAACAGUGGUGGUUCACCUGAACGAUUAACCAGAGAAGACGUGUGCCGCGUGUCGGAAAAUAUUUCCUUUCCAGCUGAAGAAGAAAAUGUUCUAAAUGAAUGGAAAACUUGUAAAACAUUUGAAAAAUGUAUGCAAUUAUCAAAGGGAAAACCAAAAUAUACCUUCUACGAUGGCCCUCCUUUUGCAACGGGUCUGCCUCAUUAUGGCCAUAUAUUGGCUGGUACCAUUAAGGAUAUUGUUACACGUUAUGCCUAUCAACAAGGUUACCAUGUAGAUCGUCGCUUUGGUUGGGAUUGUCAUGGUCUGCCAGUGGAAUUCGAAAUCGAUAAAGUAUUAAACAUCAAGGGACCUGAAGAUGUUGCUAAAAUGGGCAUUGCUGCCUACAAUGCUGAAUGUCGAAAGAUCGUUAUGCGUUAUGCCAACGAAUGGGAGAAUAUUAUCACUCGCAUGGGCAGAUGGAUUGAUUUCAAAAACGAUUAUAAAACGUUGUACCCUUGGUAUAUGGAAUCCAUAUGGUGGGUGUUUAAACAGUUGUAUGACAAGGGAUUGGUCUAUCAAGGUGUCAAGGUGAUGCCCUAUUCGACGACAUGUACAACGGCAUUGUCUAACUUUGAGUCGGGUCAAAACUACAAAGAAGUUGUAGAUCCCUGUGUGGUUGUUGCCUUGGAGGCAAUUGGAAAUGAGAAUACUUAUUUCUUAGUAUGGACCACCACACCCUGGACACUGCCAUCGAAUUUCGCAUGCUGUGUUAAUGCGAAUAUGAUGUAUGUUAAGGUUACCGAUAUUAAAACUGGCCGCUUUUACAUUUUGGCUGAAAGCCGCCUGAGUUAUGUCUACAAAAACGAAAGCGAAUAUCAAAUUAUGGAAAAGUUUGCUGGCAAAACUUUGGGCGGUGCUCAUUACAAACCCGUCUUCCCCUACUUUGCCAAGCGGGGUGCCGAAGUUAAAGCCUUCCGAGUACUGGUCGACGAUUAUGUUACAGAAGAUUCUGGUACUGGCAUUGUCCACAAUGCUCCCUACUUUGGUGAGGACGAUCACCGCGUUUGUUUGCUAGCUGGCAUCAUUACCAAAUCCAGUCCCGUCAUAUGCCCCCUGGAUGAUUCUGGUCGUUUUACCGAGGAGGUAACAGAUUUUAAAGGCAUGUAUGUCAAGGAUGCCGAUAAACAUAUAAUAGCUUUGCUAAAAGCUAAUGGCAAUCUGGUGUCUGCGGGUCAAGUUAAGCAUAGUUAUCCAUUCUGUUGGCGUUCCGAUACCCCCUUGAUCUAUAAGGCAGUGCCUUCGUGGUUUAUACGCGUGGAACAUAUGUCAAAAAACCUUUUAUCUUGUAGUUCUCAAACAUAUUGGGUGCCGGAAUCCGUAAAGGAGAAACGUUUUGGCAAUUGGUUGAAGGAAGCUCGUGAUUGGGCCAUUAGCCGCAAUCGCUACUGGGGUACUCCCAUACCUAUAUGGAAAAAUAAUGAUGAAAUGAUAUGUGUGGGCAGCAUCAAAGAAUUGGAGCAGUUGUCGGGGCAAAAAGUUACCGAUUUGCAUCGUGAGUCUGUGGAUGCCAUAGAAAUUCCCUCAGCCAUUCCCGGAAAUCCCCCCUUGAAGCGUAUAACCCCUGUCUUUGACUGUUGGUUUGAAUCGGGAAGCAUGCCUUUUGCACAACAGCAUUUCCCAUUCGAAAACGAAAAAGAUUUCAUGUCAAAUUUUCCAGCUGAUUUUAUUGCUGAGGGCAUUGAUCAGACUCGCGGCUGGUUCUACACUCUGCUUGUCAUCUCCACGGCCUUGUUUAACAAGGCUCCCUUCAAGAAUUUAAUAGCCAAUGGCUUGGUUUUGGCUUCGGAUGGACAGAAAAUGUCCAAACGCAAGAAGAACUACCCUGAUCCAUUGGAUGUUGUCCAUAAGUAUGGUGCAGAUGCUUUGCGUUUGUAUCUCAUCAACUCGCCAGUGGUGCGUGCUGAGAAUCUACGCUUCAAAGAAGAGGGGGUACGAGACAUAGUUAAGGAUGUGUUUCUGCCCUGGUAUAAUGCUUAUCGUUUCCUGCUGCAAAAUAUUGCUCGCCUCGAAAAGGAAGACUUUAAGGGCAAGGCUUUGUAUACUUACGACAAAGAACGUCAUUUGAGGAAUAUGGAUCAGGCUUCCGUCAUCGAUAUAUGGAUUUUGUCAUUCAAAGAGUCAUUGUUGGAGUUCUUUGCCAAGGAAAUGAAGGGGUACCGGCUAUACACAGUAGUACCCAGGCUAACGAAAUUCAUAGAUCAAUUGACAAAUUGGUAUGUCCGUUUGAACCGUCGCCGCAUUAAGGGUGAAAUGGGCACCAAUGAAUGCAUACAAUCUCUAGAUACUCUCUAUGAUAUUCUCUACACAAUGUCCAAAUUGAUGGCCCCAUUUACUCCCUUCCUGGCUGAAUAUAUUUUCAAGCGUUUAGUAUUAUUCCAGCCAAAAGAUGCUACCGAAAAUAUCGAAUCUGUUCAUUACCAAAUGAUGCCAACCUCAAAUCGAAAAUUUAUCAGAACGGACAUCGAGAAGUCGGUUGGUCUCAUGCAAGCCGUUGUGGAUUUGGGACGUGUUAUGCGUGAUCGUCGUACACUUCCUGUCAAAUACCCCGUCUCGGAAAUCAUUGUUAUUCAUAAAGACCCCAAAUGUUUGGAGGCCAUUAAGAGUUUGGAAGAUUUUAUUUUAAGCGAAUUGAAUGUGCGCAAAUUGACCUUAAGCUCAGAUAAGGAGAAAUAUGGUGUUACCUUAAGAGCUGAACCCGACCAUAAGACUCUGGGUCAACGCCUCAAGGGUAACUUCAAAUCUGUUAUGGCUGCCAUUAAAGCUCUCAAGGAUGAUGAAAUACAAAAACAUCUUAGCCAGGGCUUUUUUGAAAUUGAAAAACAACGCAUCGAAUUGGAAGAAGUUCGUGUCAUUUAUUGCACUUCUGGUCAAGUUGGAAGCAACUUUGAGGCCCAUAGUGACAAUGAAGUUUUGGUUUUGAUGGACAUGACACCCAAUGAGGAGCUUUUGGAAGAGGGCUUGGCUCGUGAGGUCAUCAAUCGCAUACAGAAACUCAAGAAAAAAGCCCAACUGAUACCCACAGAUCCCGUUUUGAUUUACUACGAAUUGAAUGUCUCGGAAAAAAAGAGAGCCGAUGUUGAGCAAAUGCAAAAAGUAAUGAAUAAUUAUCACAAUAUGAUUAAGACCACCAUCAAAUCCGAUUUUGGCAAAUACAAUUCAGCUGAGGCUGGCAAAAAACGUGUCAUUAUCAAUGAAGCUGUAGAUCUCAAGGGAAUUGACCUUAAACUAACAAUUUGCUCGUUGGAGGAAGUGCAACUGCCCCAAUUGAAAUGGAUUAACUUGGCCUUGGCGGCGGAUAUUAAACCCAGAUUUGGUCGUUCCAAUAAAGCCUCUUUACUGCUGGAGGAUUCUGUAAACAGGAAGUUCAUUUCCUACGACCAAUUAAAACAAGAAAUUGAUGUUCUCUUUGGCCUUUAUGGUUUAAGUUACAAAGUAUUUUUGGUGCAACAGCAAAAGGCCAAUGAAGUGGCGAAAGUUGAUGCAACACUUAAUGGAAAACUUCUAGUUGUUUCAGCCUCAACAGAAGAGGCCUUAAAAUGCUCCCUAGAAUCUAUGGCUGGUAUGCCGUACUGCAAAUUUGUGAAUAAAGCCGGCACCACGGUGUUUACAGAAAAUCCCUUGGGGUGUCCGUUAAAUGCCUAGAAGAUGACAACUAGUAGACUAACCAUAGACCAUAAAACUGUAGAAGGACCAGCAGAAGAUAAGAAUAAGUUGCUUUUGAUUUUCUUAAUGGCUUUUAGUAUUUAUUUCACCAUUUUUCUUACCCUAAAAUGUUAAAUAAAACAAAAACUGUAGCUGAAAAUAAUCUGAAAGAUUAGCACUACAAUAAAAAAACUUCGGAAAAGGAA